CCCCCCUUCCGUGCAGUGUGUGGCGUUGACCUGGCCCAGGGGGGGUUCUUUGUGCGUCAGGGGGAGUACAUCUGCACCCUGGACUACCAGCGGAUGUACGGCACGCGCUGCUUCAGCUGUGAGGAGUUCAUCGAGGGAGAGGUGGUGUCGGCCCUGGGCAAGACCUAUCACCCACGCUGCUUCGUCUGCGCCAGCUGCAAACAGCCGUUCCCRGCCGGUGACCGRGUGACGUUUAACGGUAAAGAGUGUAUCUGCCAAAACUGUACACAGCCCCUGCCUGCCAACAGCCCUGCUCCCAUACAGGCUGUCCGUAACUGCUGUGGCUGUGGGAAGGAGUUUAAGAACGAGCUCCUGGUAGCGCUGGACAAACACUGGCACCUGGGCUGCUUCAAGUGUAAGGUGUGCAACAAGGUGCUCAACGCCGAGUAAUCAGCAAGUGAGGAUGGGAUCCCCUACUGCGAGGUGGACUACCAUGCCAUGUACGGUAUCCAGUGUGACAGCUGCAAGAAGUACAUCACUGGGAAAGUACUGGAGGCUGGGGAGAAACACUACCACCCCUCAUGUGCCCGCUGUGCCAGGUGUGAGCAGAUGUUUGGCGAAGGAGAGGAGAUGUACCUGCAAGGUAACUCUAUCUGGCAUCCUCCCUGCAGACAGGCAGCCAGACAGGAGGAGAAGAGUAAGGUGACCAGGACCUCCUCUGAGAGCAUCACCUCUGUCCCAGCCUCCAGUGCGUCUGGCUCUCCCAGCAGGGUCAUCUACGCCAAACUAGGAGAUGAGAUGCUGGAUUACAAAGACCUCGCUGCACUGCCAAAGAUCAAGGCGAUCUACAACAUCGACCGGCCCGACAUGCUCUCCUACGCRCCUUAUGUCAGCUACCCCUCAGAGGAACGACACUACGGAGAUGGCGACGGAGAGAAGUCUCCCCGUCAGAGGAGGCCCUCCAGCCCCAGCUCCACCAGCUCCCUGGGGAGGUAUGGAGGGUACACCCCGUCCCGCUCCCCCCAGAACUACAGCAGGCCGGAGGAUCUUUACAUGGUCAGUAAAGCAAUGGGUAAUAGAUACAAUGGCCAGCCCCUUGACUCCAGCUCCCUCCCCCGCCCCUCYGCCUACACGGGGGGGCCUAAGUACCUCUCCCCCUUGGCUAGGGACUUCUCCUCCCUCCCCAUGCACUACUCAGAGGGCCUACCCCCCAAGUACCCUGGGGCGCUGCAAACGCCUGGGGGGAUGACAGUGCCUGGCAGAAUCUCUCCCAGGGGAAGAGUCUCUCCUGGAGGCAGAAACUCUCCUCUGCCCCUCAACCCCACCACCCUGGCCAUGCUCCAGCAGCACAACUAUGUGCCCUACUUCAGAGGCCUCAAACAGGASCCCCUACUACCACCUGAAUCUAAACCUAAGACGUUCCUGCAUCUCAAUUUACCUCCUCACAGUCACGGUAGUGAAAGUGGACGGAGUACACCCAGUUUGUCCACCUAUUCCGACGGCAAAUCUCCCUCCUCCACCUAUGUGGCUGCUCCCAGGCAUUUCCACGUACCAGAGACUAAGGUCAAGAUAGAUAAUAUCUAUAGAAAACCCCCUAUCUACAAGCAGCAUGCCUCUAGAACGUCCUGGCAAGAAGGGGACGACGUCAAGACAAGGACCAGUUGGAUGAUCUUGAAGAGUGAGAUAGACGGCCAGCCUCUCCCAGAGGACCUGCUGGACCCCAGGAAGUCCACCUGCAGCCUGCCCACUGACGCCUCCCUGCCCAGCUUCCCCUACAGCAAGUCUGCUUCCCUGCCAGGAUAUGGAAGAAAUGGCAUAUACAAGGAGGUUGCCGACCAUGCUGAGAAUGAGCCAGACCAGCAGGGGACUCCCCACGCUGGGGAGGAAUUGAGGAGGGGAAGGGUGAAGCUACCCAGAGAUGUGGACCGUACCAGGCUGGAGGUUUACCCCUAUGAGGUGUUGGCUGUGACUCACAGUGGUAGGGUGAAGCUACCCAGAGAUGUGGACCGUACCAGACUGGAGAGACACCUCUCCCCAGGGGACUUCCAGCAUGUGUUCGGAAUGACCCUGGAUCAGUUUGACCGCAUGGCCCUGUGGAAGAAGAACGACAUGAAAAAGAAGGCACGCCUUUUCUAAAGCCGAAGUGACUGUAACAGGGAGAAAAAUAACAUCUCGAGUCUACAACGUCUGUCCAGUCUGGAAGAAAGGAAAUCAGAAAAAAAAAACAUCAGAAAUCAUCUAUAUAUGCACCGCCAUACUACGUUACACCUGCGAAACAUAAUCUCUGCCAGAAUAAGGAAGGGGGAGACAUUUUCACGAUGUCGCCCGUGACCGACAUCCAACGUUGAGGCAAUGUUCGUCACAUAUAGCUUUUGUAUGCGUUGUGGUCUGAAUGUUAUUUUUAUAACCUUUUUGGGGAGGUGGGGGGAGAUGCAUUUGCAUGGCCCGUGUCACCGRUCCUCCUCUUCCCCUCUCCCCGCCUCUAUGUGAGUUCUGCAUCCCCCUCCUCCGCAAAAAGAGAAAUAGCAGCUUUUCUAAAAUCCUUGUGCAGGCUUUUUUCUCUUUGUCUCUGUUUCUUACUGGUUCAAUGUGUGCCUCUUUUACUGUCUUUAUCUCGACUUGGAACAAUAUCUCUCGCUGUUUUUUUUUUAUCUGUUUCAUUUUCCCCCUCUUUUAUCGUUCCUGCUAUCUGUUUUUCUUACCUUCUCUAAGGUCUCUCUCUCUCACUUGAUCUUUCCUUAUCUACCGUGUCUCAUUUAAGGUCUCUCUCUCUCUCACCCCCCCCUCUCUCUCUUUCUCUCUCUUUCUCUCUCUUUCUCUUACCACCUCUCCU